AUGAGGAAGGCGCGCGCGGUUGUGGCCGUGGACGUGGUCCCGUCGCUCGCUGCCGUUGCCGCGCCCGACGGCCCCCAGCCGGAACGACCGCCGCUAUUGCCCGUGGCUUCCCCCGCCGCGCAUGUUCCGUUGCCUGACUCCGAUGCCGCACACGCCGCUCGCCCCGACCGUCACCGCGCGGGCAUGAACGGGGUUACGGGCGAAGAAGGUGGGCGCAGGGGGAAAGGCGCAGGUGCGAUGGGUUUGCGGGUGUUGGAGGAGGUAGAAGGCGAUGCGGGCGACAGUGACGUGCGCGCGGUAGCCUUCGACUCCCCUCCGCCUCUUUCCGACAGCUCGCCCGGCAGCGGGCGAUCAAUGCGGCAUUUGGGCUCGAGCAGGAGUAUGACUAUAUCGAGAGGGCCCAGUAUGACGGAAGAGGAGGACGACGAAGGCGACGACGACGGGUUGUUGAGUGUGCGGCGAGGCGGCGCAGCGCCGCCGCUUUCGCUGUGGGACGACGACGAUUCGCGUUUGGACAGUUCCCGAUCCAAUGCCACGCCCGGCAGCGGCCGCAGCUUCCGCAGCAGCAGCAGCAGCGGCGGCGGUGCGUCGGGUGGCGGGCGCGCGCCGAAGAAGCACACGGGGGUGGGUCCGGCGCUGCAGCAGCGCCCGCUGCCGCAGUCCAUGAGCAUGAACCGCGCGCGCAUGCGCCUGGCGGGCAUGAAGCUGGACCUGCGCGUGCUGCCUUCCGGGCCCGCGGGCGUGCUGCUCCCCGAGCAGUCCGCCGCGCAGCACCUCUCCGCGCAAGGCGAUGCGGCCGCUGGGCCGGACGGGUUCUCGGUGACGGGGGAUGGGGGAAGGUUCGGCGGGGAGGGCGGGGGGGGCGAGGAAGAGGAGGAGGAGGAGAGCGGGGAGGCGAUGCAGGUGCGCGAUCGGAAGGAGAAGUUUGUAUUCUUCGAGAAGCAGUGCAGCUGCGUGUUGCCGCACGUGUACGUGGGCAGCGAUGCCGUGGCGCGCGACCGAGGCAUUCUGCGGCAGUCGGGCAUCACGCACGUGGUCAACUGCGUCGGCUUCGUGUGCCCCGAGUACUUCCCGCACGACAUCACCUACAAGACGCUCUGGCUGCAGGACAACACGUCGGAGGACAUCCAGUGCGUGCUGUACGACGUGUUUGACUUCGUCAACGAGGUCAAGCAGGUCAACGGCCGCGUGUUCGUGCACUGCUGCCAGGGCGUCUCGCGCUCCACGUCGCUCGUCAUCGCCUACCUCAUGUGGGCGCAGCAAGUGGAGUUCGAGGACGCGUUCCGCGUGGUGAAGGACAUCCGCGGCGUCGCGAGUCCCAACAUGGGCUUCGCGUGCCAGCUGCUGCAGUGGCAGAAGCGCGUGCUCUCGCCGCCCCCGCCAUCCUCCCCGCUGCUCCCUGCUGCUUCCCCGCGCGCUCUCGCUGUCGCCGCUGCUGAUGGCACUGGGGCUGGCGGUAGCGCAGAUAGCAGCAGGUGCAAUGGCGAGAGCGCGGGGCAGGGAGGGCAGGGGAAGCGGCAAAUGGAGAACGUGCGCGUGUACCGCAUGGCACCGCACUCGCCGUACGACCCGCUGCACCUCGUGCCCAAGAUGCUCACUGACGUGUCUGUCUCCGCGCUCGACCCCCGCGGCGCCUUCAUCGUGCAGCGCACCCUCCGUUGCUCGUCCCCCUGCGUCCCGUUCUCCUUUUCCGUUUUCCUGCUCCCUCGCUCCACGGUUGCCUCUCCCAAGCCUGCCAGCCACCCUGUGGCCCUCACUGCGUGCACGCCUCUCACUAUGCCCCCCCUUUCCCCCCCUCUCUUUCCCCCUCCCUCUCUGCAACUCCGUGCAUAUGCGCAGGUGGGCGCAGCGCUGUACGUGUGGCAGGGCGCGGAGUGCCGACCGCCCAUGCAGCAGCAGGCGCAGCACGCAGCGGCGCAGAUAGUGCGGUACGAGCGGCUGCCAGCAGCAGCGUCGCUCAUCCAUCAGGGCCAGGAGCCGCACGGCUUCAAGGCCGCACUCAGCUCGCAGCGGCUGGUGCGCGGCGGCAGUGGCGAGUGGGGCGUGUGUCUGAGCGUGCUGGAGCGCGAGGGGCUCACGUACCUGGGGCAGGACGCGCACCACCUGCCCGGCCAUGGCGCCUUGCACUCCGACCCCGCGUCCAUGCUGCCUGUGCUCGUGGCAGGGGGCAGAGGUGCUGGUGGCGCAUCAGGGCGGGGCGUGGGCGAUGGUGGGAGUGAGGGUGGGAGUAGACGGGGCGAGUGGGUGGUGGAGGAGCGGGAGGAGUAUUCGUUUGACUUUGAGUGUUUCAACAAGGGGCUGGACGGAGGCACGCCGCAAGGGGCAGGGGCGAUGUCGGCGCCGCCCACAAAGGUGUUGCCGCAUCAGCACAGGGGCUGGCUGGAGGCCACCCUGCCUCUCAACCCCGCCUACUCCCUCCCUUGGGAGUCUCCCAACGCCACCCCGCGUGGCGCUCAACCCUCACCCGCACUGCAAACCCCAGCAGCAGCAGCAGCAGCAGGCAGCGGCGUUGGGUCGGCAGUGGCAUCUACAAGCUCUGCUCUGGCGCGACUCACCGUGCAUGACGAGGACGUGGACGCAGGCAGCAAGGCAGGCGAGGCACGCGAGGCAAGGGGAGGUGAGGAGGGGACCGCGCCUCGCAAGCCAGUGUUUGCGCCGCUGCCACUGCAUGCACACACGUCCAUGCCGUCCCCCUCGUCCUUCUCUCCGCGCUCCCUGGGUUUCUUCCCCCCCUCUGGCAGUGGUGCCUAUGGCGCUGCUCUGAGCAAGUUCUCCAAGCCCGCUGCUGCUGUGCGCGACCCUCACCGACUCAAGGACCAAUCAGGCGGAUCCAAGGUAGUAGUCGAGGGCGCCACAGGUAAUGGCGCUGGCAAUGGUGGUGGCAGUGGGUUGAGAGCGGGAGGGCUUCAGGUAUCAGAGUUAGGCAGCAGUGGCGGAGGGGUGAGGCGAGGCCUCCCCCCACUGACGCCCCGCACCAAAGGCGGAAUGAGGGCGCAGCAGGACAAAGGAUGGGGGGAGACGGGUCAGGCGGGGGCAGAGGCAGACACAGGUGGUGAAGAGGGGGGGCUGAUGCCAGGGGAUGAACUACAGGCCAUCACAGAGGUCGAUGACCCAGGGUUGCAAAGGGAUUACAAUGAAGGUGCUGGCCAUGGGGACGCUGACAUGGGUGCUGGGGUAGGGCCUGUGUGGUUGCCAUCCCCCAGACGUGGCAAGCCGAAGCUCAGGGCGGCUUGGGAGGAGGGCGAGGGAGAUGAGGCAGGGGAGGAGGAGGAGAGAGGGGGAAGAAGUGAGGUAGGUGUGGUGCAGGGUAAGGAGGACGAGGGGAAGGCAGCGGUGUUGGGAGCUCUGCCUCAGAGGAGAGGGAGGGCGGUACGUGGCUUUCAGAGCACAGGCAGCGAGGCAGGUGCCGUGGACACACGUGGCAAGGCCCCCAAGCUCCCCCCGAGACCUGCUUUGCCGCCCUCCGCACCUUGCGCUGAUAGCAGCAGCAGCAGUGCUACAAAUUCUGGUGCGGCUCUCCCUCCUGCCCCUCGUUUCAGCUCGCUCUCGAAAGGGCGGGGGGAUGGUGGAGAGGGUUGGGGCGAGAGUGGGGAGGGGGAAGUGGACAAGGCAGAGAGCAGUGGGAUGGAUGCUUUUGGUGUCCCUCUCACUCCAAGACGACGACUGCCGCCCAGAUCAGCAUUUGGAAGAGGGUUCAAGGGAGACGAUGGGGAUCAAGCGGGGGAUGGGGGGAUGCGGUCAAAGAGACAAGGGGUAUCGCGCAAGGAGAAGGAUUGGCCACCGAGUGGUGAUGACUAUGGGGUGGAGGGCGGUGUGGCAUCGGAGGAGGGGGAUGACAUGGAGGUUGAGGAUGGCACGGGCGCUGGUAUGGCUCUCCCCACUCCUCGACGCCUAGGGCCUCAAAUUAAGAAGAUAUUUUAG